UCCUGGGCGGUCCUAGCCGCUCUCAGCUAGAAGAAAAGCCACCCGUUCCUCCCCCUCUACCUCCCAUCCUUUGCCCUAGAGCUGCCUUCAUCGCAGUCACGCCCCUUCCUUCCGAGGAGCUUUCAGGCUGCCUAAACUGGUAGACCCCUGAAUUACUCCUCCAUCUCCGCUCUCUUUCCUUUCGCCCCCUCUUCCCUUAGUUCUCCCCGCCUCCCCCACACUACCACUACCUCCAGUCUCUCUCGCCUCCCACAGUCCACUGCUCCACCCUCUGGCCCGGUAUCCUGUCUGUCCACUGCCACCAAGAAGAGCCCGGACGGAGGAGCGAGGAGGGGAGCAGCCGGGAAUUGGGGCUUCCCCCUGCCCAUCCCUGGCCGCUGGCCCGGACCGGGGACCAAAGCCACUUGAGCAAGCAGAGUCGUCACCUUGUCUUCGUUGCCUGCAGGGAUUUGAGCUUCUCCAGUUGUUAAAUGGAAUUGAUCACAUGUGCCUUUAUUUCUGCACAGAACUGCUGAGAAGAACGGGAGGGAAGGGGCUUUUGGCUGCUUAGAAAGAAGGCUGAGAAACUAAAGAGUGACCACUGGUUGGACUCUUGGCGGCGCUUACCCUGAACCUGAGUGUUAGGGGAGAGGGAAUCUGCCACUGCGGUUUCUGGAGCUGCUCAUAAGCAAGAUUUCCCUAUCCUGAUCAAGGCUUUAAGCCUAAAAGAAAGCAGAAAUAGCUCCCAUCGCAUGCUGAACUGCUUUACAAAUCCUGUCUUUGGGAUAACUCUCCCCACUGUCCGUCCCUUCCUCCACAGCCAUAAGACUUGGAUUUUUUUAUUUAAAUACAUUACAGAGAGAUGAACCACGUCAAGGGCAGCCCAAGUGCCCAAUUUCUCUCUCUCUUCACAAGGCACCACCUGCGAUAGAGAUGAGAAAUUCUGAAGAACAGCCAAGUGGAGGGACUACAGUUUUGCAGCGUCUGCUACAAGAGCAGCUUCGCUAUGGCAAUCCUAGUGAGAAUCGCAGUCUGCUUGCCAUCCACCAGCAAGCCACAGGGAAUGGCCCUCCUUUCCCCACUGGCAGUGGGAACCCAGGCCCUCAGAAUGAUGUGUUGAGUCCCCAAGACCACCAUCAACAGCUGGUAGCACACCCUGCUCGCCAGGAACCCCAGGGCCAGGAAAUCCAAUCAGAAAACAUCAUCAUGGAGAAGCAGCUAUCUCCCCGAGUACAGAAUAAUGAGGAACUUCCGACCUAUGAAGAAGCCAAGGUCCAGUCCCAAUAUUUUCGGGGCCAACAGCAUGCCAGUGUUGGAGCUGCCUUCUAUGUCACUGGUGUCACCAACCAGAAGAUGAGGACUGAGGGACGCCCAUCAGUUCAGAGGCUUAAUCCUGGGAAGAUGCACCAGGAUGAAGGACUCAGAGACCUUAAACAAGGGCAUGUCCGCUCCUUGAGUGAACGAUUGAUGCAAAUGUCACUAGCCACCAGUGGAGUUAAGGCCCAUCCACCUGUUACCAGUGCUCCCCUCUCCCCACCACAACCUAAUGACCUCUACAAGAAUCCCACAAGUUCCAGUGAAUUCUACAAGGCCCAAGGGCCAGCUCCCAACCAGCAUAGCCUGAAGGGCAUGGAACACCGAGGCCCCCCACCAGAGUAUCCCUUCAAGGGCAUGCCACCCCAAUCUGUAGUGUGCAAGCCCCAAGAGCCAGGGCACUUCUAUAGUGAGCAUCGCCUGAACCAGCCAGGGAGAACAGAGGGGCAACUGAUGAGGUAUCAGCAUCCCCCUGAGUAUGGAGCAGCCAGGCCAACGCAGGACAUCUCAUUGCCAUUGUCAGCCAGGAGCUCACAACCUCACAGCCCUACUUCUUCCCUGACGUCGGGGGGUUCCUUGCCCUUGCUGCAGUCUCCACCGUUUACUAGAUUGUCUCCUGCCCAGCAUCCCUUAGUCCCAAACCAGGGAGACCACUCAGCUCACCUACCUAGGCCCCAGCAGCAUUUUCUACCUAAUCAGGCUCACCAGGGGGAUCAUUACCGCCUCUCUCAACCAGGCCUGAGUCAGCAGCAACAGCAGCAGCAACAGCAGCAUCACCACCACCACCAGCAGCAGCAGCAGCCAGGAGAAGCCUAUUCAGCUAUGCCUCGGACCCAGCAGUCUGCUUCUUACCAGCCAAUGGCAGCUGACCCUUUUGCUAUUGUCUCCAGAGCCCAGCAGAUGGUUGAGAUCCUCUCAGAUGAGAACCGAAAUCUGCGUCAGGAGUUGGAAGGAUGCUAUGAGAAGGUGGCAAGACUACAGAAGGUGGAGACAGAAAUCCAGCGAGUCUCAGAAGCAUAUGAAAACCUAGUAAAGUCAUCCUCCAAAAGAGAGGCCCUGGAAAAAGCCAUGAGGAACAAGCUGGAGGGUGAGAUUCGGAGGAUGCAUGACUUCAACAGGGAUCUGCGAGAACGUCUAGAGACUGCCAAUAAGCAGCUUGCAGAGAAGGAGUAUGAGGGGUCUGAGGAUACCAGGAAGACAAUCUCUCAGCUUUUUGCAAAAAAUAAAGAAAGCCAGAGAGAGAAGGAGAAGCUGGAAGCAGAGCUGGCCACUGCCCGUUCUACCAAUGAGGACCAAAGGCGACACAUUGAAAUCCGAGACCAGGCCUUGAGCAACGCCCAGGCCAAGGUGGUGAAGCUGGAAGAAGAGUUGAAAAAGAAGCAGGUAUACGUAGAUAAGGUGGAGAAGAUGCAGCAGGCCCUUCUACAACUCCAGGCAGCAUGUGAGAAACGGGAGCAGCUAGAGCACCGUCUUCGGACAAGACUGGAGAGGGAACUGGAAUCUCUUAGAAUCCAGCAGCGCCAGGGCAACUCUCAACCCACCAACAUUUCAGAAUACAAUGCUGCUGCACUGAUGGAGCUCCUGCGAGAAAAGGAAGAGAGGAUUCUGGCCCUGGAAGCUGAUAUGACAAAGUGGGAGCAGAAGUAUUUGGAAGAGAAUGUGAUGAGACAUUUUGCUCUGGAUGCUGCUGCAACUGUGGCUGCUCAGAGGGAUACAACAGUCAUCAGCCACUCUCUGAACACAAGCUAUGACACAGCCCUAGAAGCUCGCAUCCAGAAAGAGGAGGAAGAAAUCUUUGUGGCCAACAAGCGUUGUCUGGACAUGGAGGGCAGGAUCAAGACCCUCCAUGCUCAGAUUAUUGAGAAGGAUGCCAUGAUCAAAGUACUCCAGCAACGCUCCCGGAAGGAAACGAGUAAGACAGAGCAGUUGUCAUCCAUGCGGCCAGCAAAGUCUCUGAUGUCCAUUUCCAAUGCUAGCUCAGGCUUGCUCUCCCACUCAUCCACCCUGACUGGAGUACCCAUCAUGGAAGAGAAGAGAGAUGACAAGAGCUGGAAGGGGAGCCUAGGUAUUCUCCUGGGUGGAGACUACCAUGUAGAGUCUGUCUCAUCCACCCCUUCACCUGUGCCUCCCUCUACUCCCCUGCUCUCUGCUCACUGCAAGACAGGAAGCCGAGACUGUAGCACUCAAACUGAACGUGGAACGGAGCCCAACAAAACUGGAGCUGUUGCUCCCAUAUCUGUUCCUGCUCCAGUUGCUGCUGCCGCCACUGCUGCAACCAUCACUGUCACUGCUGCCACCAACACUGCCACUGCUGCCACCAACACCAUUACUAUGGUAGCUGCUGCCCCAGUUGCUGUUGCCACUGUUGCUGCUGCUGUUGCUGCUGCCCCAUCUCCAGCAACUUCUGCUAUUGCUGCUGCUGUUUCUCCAGCUGCUGCUGCUCAGAUUCCAGCUGCAGCAUCUGCUGCUGUUGCUCCUGCUGCUGCUAUUCAGGUUGCUCCAGCUGCUCUGGCUCCAGUUCCAGCUCCAGCUCCAGUUCCAACAGUGGCUCAGCCUUCUGCUCAGGCUCAGACUCAGGCACCAACUCCAGCUCCGGCUGCAGCUCCUAUUCCAACUCCAGCUGCAACUCCAGCUUUGGCUCAGAUUGAGGCUCCUGCAAGUCCAGCUAACAGUGGUUCGGGAACAUAUCAUUUUUCUGUACCAAGUUUGACCUGCAAUCCAGAAAACACAGAUGGUCCUGUCUUGCACUCCAGUGCUUUGGAAAGAAAAACUCCUAUUCAGAUCCUGGGACAGGAGCCUGAUGCAGAGAUGGUAGAAUAUCUCAUCUAAAUGGCCCAAGCAAGAGCUGCAGUUUAUCAGCAAGAAUGCUUUUAAUCAUAUUCCCUUUUUGUUUGUUCUUAUUUCAAGGGUGAAGACAAGGGUUGGGGGAGGGGAUUUUUUAAAGGGGACUUUUUAUUGGAACAAUAUAAUGCUUAAGUAAUACCAUAUGAACUCCAGUCUAUUCUGAUAUACAUAGGGAAUACCUCUAAAAGAUAGAUUAAUCAGAAUGUGCUCUGAAGUUUACUGUUGGGGUUUAUAUACUGGGACAGUUAACAAGCAGAUAAACAUUGAUGUUUUCAAUGUGCUUAAAUUUGUUUCAGUUUUUCUAUUUGAAUCAUUUUUACUGAAGAGCACAGUAUGUGUGGAACACAGUGUAUAAUAUGUAGUGUGGAAGUGGGAAGCCAGAGAGAGUUUAAGUGUGUGUUCCCUUUGUCUAGUUACUAUCUAGACAGCAGCCACAGAAAGCUCUCAUCUCAGGCUCAUGCAAAGGAAUAGUUUUAAGAACUGUGUAAGCCGGAGCAAAGGUAGGGAGUAUUGGAAUAUGAAAGGGUGCUGGAGCUCAUUUUCCCUCCCAAUGGCCCAGCUACCCUCACCCUAGUGGACUACAUUUAUCUUCAUUUCAGUGGUGCUUCUCAAGUGGAUUCUUUUGAUUCCCUCCUGGAGGUUCAUAUAUCCAUAUUUGUACUCUGGAAUAAUUUAUGCAUUUGGAUAAUUAAUAUAUUGUCUUCAGAUGCUAGGGAGAGUAAAUUACCUGAGCGAUGCACAACUUCCUCUCUUGUAGAGAGUUAGGCAUCAGAGGCCUUGAUUGAGAGUUGCAUGAGCUGCUGCCACAUGCAGACUUCUGUAGUUGGGUGUAGCCAUGAGCACACCUCACUUGCCUUUUCUAAGACCAGUUGGCCUAGUGUUUAUUUCUUCUAGGACGCACAUUCACAGGCUUCAUCACCAGUUUCCAAUGGCCAGUCAUUUGCAAAACAAGAAAGCAUUUUUGCUGACAGGUUGAAUGCAUUGAAUUUCUGAUGACUACUUUAAAAUAAGUCCUCUGAUUAAUUUUCUCCAAUUCUUAGCAUGUCUUAAAAGGCAUAUGUGACUGUCACCCCUAAGGGAGUAGCAUCAGAAGUCCAAAGUACUAUGCUGCAGUCAGGAGAGUGGCUGGUUGCAGCUGGCUCCUCAGCUACCUCUUUUCACCACCAAUGAUUCCAUCUUGGAAUCCCUUUGGGAAGCAGUGAGAAUAUACAUGUGGGUGGGGACCAGAGGAGGCUUUAGCCAUAGACUUGCUGUAGGGCUGCCUCCAAGGUGUUCCAGAGGGAUGCAAGUUGCCACAGGUCCUUGCCCUGUGUCACCUCUCUGCCCCUCAUUAAAGUGACAAAUCUAUAGAUAGUGUCAUUAACAUCAAUUUCCAGGUGUUUAGGGAGGGUAAAGGGAGUAGAGUCAUUAGAUAAGGGUGGGGGGAGUAGAGGUUUUUGUCAUGAUUUAGUUAGAAACCAGAUUAAUAGAAGAGUAGCCUGAUAGAUUAUGUCAUGAUCCAUAAUGGCAGGAAGGAACUUUAGCAAUAUAGUCCUAUCUCCUAAUUUUUUUUAAUUAUUUUUUAUUUUAUUUUUUCAGCUUUAAUUGAAUUUAUUGGUACAG